AUGGGAGAAGACGCCGCCGGCGAUGGCCACGUCAACGAGAGCCAGCGCCGAGACGGCAAGCGGGUUGCGCGCGACACCGAGGAGACCCAAGGCGAAGGGCACGACCACCACCCCGAAGUGAGCGCACCGGAUCGCACCCUGGGAGAACGACUCACGGCCUCGGGCAAGAUGGCGCUUCACGCCAUGUCCAGCGGCGACGGCGGCAUGCCCAGCACAAUGUCCGACCAAAAGUCGGCCGCUGCGCCUGGCCUGGGCGGCUCCGCUGCCACUCACUUGUCACAAACCAUGGCCGAGGCGUCGUCGGCGUCGUCGUCACAACGGGCAGCGCAACCCGACCAUGGCGCGUCAUUUCGGACGCACUCUCACUCCGAGGACGCGGCUGACGCUUUUGACUCGUUCAUGGGCGGGCCAAACAAUGGACCUCGUUUGCCGGCUGCAGGGCAGCAGCUUCACGGAUCAGUCCCCUCGAGCGGGCAGCCGACGGCGACAUCAGGUCAACAGCGGACAGUCGCCCAACAGGAGGCCGUUGACGGUGCCGACGUUGUGCAUCUACUGUCAGUGCCGGACCAUGAAGGGGAUGCGACAGCGUGGACGGCUGGGGAGGACGGUGACGCCUUGUCUCCGGCUGAAGAAGCGAGGCUACGUGAGGCACUUUUUGUGGGAGGAGCUGCGGACACGCGAGCCCACUGGGAACAGCUGCUCAAUUUCAGGCCAGACGCCGUUGCGGACCCGGCAGACAUGCUGGAGCUCCUCGGCACCGCAGAGACAUCAGCCGCGGACAGUAUAUGGCUGCAGCAUUGGAGUGACGUCCUCUCCGCGUACAACGACGAGGUCUGGGGAGACCUUGGGCCACUUGCGGCAGAGGCAAAGCACGAGGUAGACCGCCUGUCUAGCCGGGAUGCGCAGGGCCAGGGCCAAGGCGAGACGACGGCCCUCAACCGGCUUCGACAGAUAUUGGCACAUGUGCGGGGGCCUGCAUAG